AUGAAGAACCUUGGUCUGCACAGAGAGUAACAUACAUCCACGAGAGCCAAACAGUAUCAUGUACGUGUAAAAACUUUGAAGCUUCAGGAUGGUUGUGCUACCACUGCAUUAGGAUAUUGCACCUUCAUUCGGUUAACCGGAUUCCAGAAUAGUACAUCAAAAAGAGGUGGACAAAAUCUGCCAAGUCAUCAGUUUGGAACAAAUUAGAAAAUGAAAAACCAGAAGAGGUGCAGUACACACCUUGGCGCCAAACCAUGGCUAGGAAAUACUACAACCUUAUCUUGAAAAGCCAAUCAAAUGAGGAGACAAGAACCCUUAUGGAGGAUGGUUAUGCCGCUAGUGUGUCUCUAGUUGAUGAACUUCUAGCGUCAUUAAAUGUUUCAAACACUGACGACGCUUCAACCACAGAAAUAAGUGCAACAGCAGCACCUGAAACAAGUGCAACAGCAGCACCUGAAACAAAUGCAACAGCAGCAUAUGAAACAAACUCAGCACCAGCAGGUACUCAUGCAACAACAACAAGUGAUACAAGUGUACAACAAGCAACAAGUUCUGAACCUGCAACAAACACAGCAACUGAACCUCCUAUGGUAUUGGAUCCUGAACGUUGCACAACAAAAGGAAGGAACAAAAGACCACGAGGACCAUUUGUCAAAAAGAAGAAGGGAAAAACUGCAGCGCCUCCAACAGCAGACUUUGGAACAAUAACUCCAAAUUUGAGAUUAUUUUGAUUCUUUUAAUGUUUUAUAUCAAAAAUAGAAUUUAAUUUUUUCUUAAAGUUAAAGUUAAGGUUUAUGAAGUUAAAGUUUAACAUUCUGAAGUUAAAGUUUACUAGACUUGAGAACUUAGUAAAAGUUUCUUUACAUUGAAAGUUUGAAUAUAUACAUUAAAAUUUAGUGAAGUAUAAUAUUUCUCUGAAGUGUA